AUGAAUUUCACAGGCACACCAACUGGAGAAGGUACGGGAGGUGACUCCUUGACCACAGACAUGAACACGCAAUUCGAGCUGGCCAAUAUGGCUUGGAUCGGUGUUGCUGCGGCCGGUGUCUGGAUCAUGGUUCCAGGUAUCGGUCUUUUGUACAGUGGUAUGUCUAGGAAGAAGCACGCGCUGUCGCUGCUAUGGGCCUCUAUGAUGGCGGCGUCUGUUGUGAUCUUCGAGUGGUUCUUCUGGGGCUACUCUCUGUCGUUUUCUCACAGUGUCCGGGGAAAUGGUUUUAUCGGUACUUUGCAGUUCUUCGGUUUCAUGAACGUUCUGGGAGCUCCAUCGUCGGUUUCCUCGUUACCUGAUAUUCUGUUCGCUGUUUACCAGGGUAUGUUUGCAGCCGUGACGGGUGCUUUGAUGUUGGGUGGUGCGUGUGAAAGAGCUCGUUUGUUCCCAAUGAUGGUUUUCCUAUUCUUGUGGAUGACCAUUGUAUACUCCCCAUUGGCUUGUUGGACCUGGAAUGCCCAAGGGUGGUUAGCCCUGCUCGGUGAUUUGGAUUAUGCCGGUGGUGGACCUGUUCACAUUGCCUCGGGCCACGGUGCUUUGAUUUACGCUUUGAUCUUGGGUAAGAGAAACGACCCUGUCGCCAAAGCAGGCAUGCCAAAGUAUAAGCCACAUUCCGUUACAUCUGUUGUUCUAGGUACCGUUUUCCUAUGGUUCGGCUGGCAAUUCUUCAAUGCAGGUUCUGCUGGUAACGCAACCAUCAGAGCUUGGUACUCUGCAAUGAACACCAAUUUAGCAGCUGCAACUGGUGGUCUAACUUGGAUGUUCAUUGAUUACUUCAGAUUUGGCCGUAAAUGGACGACUGUUGGUCUAUGUUCCGGUAUUAUUGCCGGUCUGGUUGGUAUCACACCAGCAGCAGGUUUUGUUCCCGUCUGGUCCUCAUUUGUCAUCGGUCUUUUGACUGCUCUGGGUUGCAACUUUGCCGCAGAUUUGAAGAACGUUUUGCACAUUGAUGAUGGUAUGGAUGUUUGGGCAUUGCAUGGUGUUGGUGGUUGUAUCGGUUCUGUGUUAACAGGUAUUUUUGCUGCAGAUUACGUGAAUGCUACAGCUGGUUCUUACGCUGCCCCAAUCGAUGGUGGUUGGUUAAAUCACCACUGGAGACAAGUCGGUUAUCAAUUGGCAGCUAUGUGUUCAACCAUCGCCUGGACUGUUACCGUAACAGCAUGUUUACUGUUGAUUCUUGACAGAAUUCCAUUUUUAAGACUAAGAUUAAGACCAGAAGAAGAAGAGCUAGGUACUGAUGAAGCUGAAAUUGGUGAAUUCACCUACGGAGAAGAUACUUCUUAUAUCCCUGAACCAGUCAGAUCCAAAACUUCCGUUCAAAUGCCAGCACCAGCUGAACAGAUCGAUGACAAAAUUGGUCCUUCCAGUGGUAGCGAAUCGGGUGCCGGUGCUGAAAACGAAAAAGUCACUGCUUAA